UCUUACGCUUCUUACGUAGGCCAUUCCCGCCGCGUUUACGGCCGCCUCCGAGCGUAGCGGCAGCCCCGUCAGUCAGGCCCGUUUUCCGCCUUUCUUUAAUUAUUUCUGUCGGUGUGACUGCGGCGAGUAAACACUCCGAUGGUCGUUGAGCCCGCGCGGCACUGAAGGACUGCACAGGCUCGGAGCUCCACCGCAGACAUGGCUCGCCCUCGGCCGCGGGACUACAAGGCAGGAGAUUUGGUUUUCGCGAAGAUGAAGGGAUACCCGCACUGGCCGGCCAGGAUUGAUGAGCUUCCUGAAGGAGCUGUCAAGCCACCUGCCAACAAAUACCCCAUCUUCUUCUUCGGGACCCAUGAAACUGCAUUCUUGGGUCCAAAGGAUCUUCUUCCCUACAAGGAGUACAAAGACAAAUUUGGCAAAUCCAACAAGAGGAAAGGAUUCAACGAGGGCCUGUGGGAGAUUGAGAACAACCCCGGAGUGAAAUUCACCGGCUAUCAGGCCAUCCAGCAGCAGAGCUCGUCGGAGAUGGAGGAGGGCGGGAACGCCGCCGAUGGCAGCAGCGAGGGCGAAGAGGGCGACUCCGUCGAGGAGGAAGACGACAAGGAGAAACUGAAAGGAGAGAAGACCGGGUCCAAACGGAAAAAGACAGCCAGCUCCAAGAAAUCCUCAAAGCUGUCGAGGAUCUCGUCUGGAGAGGACGACCUGGGGAAAGACGGGAAGGAUGAUGACCAGAAGAGCGGCUCGGAGGGAGGGGACCCUGACAACGACCUCAUGCAGAACACCACCGACAGUAAGAACCAGCUGCUCUUAGAGGAACACUAGAGGGGAAAUCAUUGUGUGUAGCUGCGACGUUGGGACGGUGACCCCACAACAUGAUUUCUCAUCAGCACCACCUGCUGGCUGCCAUCGACACCUCCACUUCCUGUUCUUCAGUGUGUGUUUGUAUGAAAGAUGCACCCUUACUGAUGCUGGUAUCAGCCUCCGUGUUGGUACCAGGCUUGAGACUGGGCAUUACGUCACACAGGUUAUUUCUCAGCACUCUCACUUAAUCCCAGGAGAAGCCUCGAAAAUCAACGGCUGAAGGUUGUAAUUAGUUUCAUGCGAUGAUUUGAAGGAUAUUUUAAGUGGCAUUAAGUACAUGUAAACCUUUAGGAGCUUUGAUACCAUAAUGUGUGUUUUUAAUGGAGCUUUAUUUUUGAUUUGAUUUGUUUCUACUUGGCCUGAGGCGACAGCGAUGUGUUUUCAUUUACUGUGUUUAAGCUUCACGUCUCAUAAAGUAGCUGAUUUAGGAGCGUAAAGUUUUAGCUUUAGUGUGAAAGAUCCGCUUCAGUCCGGACCGUGAAUCUUGGAAACCUCGUCACAGACGGACACGCAGAUCUGAGCAACAGCUGCGUUAGCCAAUCGGUGUUUGUGAUGUCAUCACAGAGCGCUCUUCUGCCAACAUCGACAACAUUUAAAAACCACGUCGCUGACUGAUCACACCGAAUAUAAAUAAUUUUUUUUUGUGAUUCAGCGUGUUAAUAAUAAAAACUUGGAUUAGUUACAAAGUAACUGUAAAAUAUGAACAAAUUAUUCUUUCGAUUGUGCAAAAAUUAAAAAGUCAAAGUAAGCACAUUUUUUUCAGCAUGUUUAAAGAUAUUUAUCAAUCAAACUUAUAAAGUUAAAGAUUUCUUCUAUAAAUGUAUCCGUUUGAGGGGAAAACUGGCAGAUAAAAGAAGGCUGCUUUAGACAAACAAGAAUAAAUAUGCCAUAUUAAUUUCUUCACAACAGAAGACGUAGGUAUCAGGUAACACCAGCAAGAAAAAUAUUACUUUGAAACUGUGACAGGAAGUGUGAGCGUGUUUGCACACGUGUGGAAUAAAUCGGGUCUCCAGUACAGAUCAGGCAGUGAUCGUGUGCACAGUGAGGUACCUGUAGUUGCUCAGGUGAGCUGGCCAGGUGCUGUGAAUGCUUAUUGGUUGUGUUAGCAUUUUUUUGAUGUUGCUGUCCGACUCGUCGAACUGCUCACGUUGAUCUCUGAUUGAAUUUGCACGUCUUUUUCCCCCCUCGUUUUGAUGACAUCAGCAGCAGGGCUCUCUAAAUCCUAAAUGCUGAUUGGCUGAAGCAGAUGUUGUUCCAGAGAUGUGAUCCAGAUGUUGAUUCCAGGAUAAAAGCCACAGUUAAAAUGUUCUGUGUUGGUGUUAUUGUGGAGGUAGCUAACAGCCCAGCAGAAUGAACCUGCUGAAAAUUCACAAAGCACAGAAAAACUCAAAAAUUUCGCCCAGCUCGCUUCGAUCUGACCGCACCUUCCAAACAAUCAGCAAACAGAGUCAGCUGUUCGUACUGACCCGACCGUCCGAGCUCGCUUUAUUCAAAAGGAAACCCCGGUGCAGUCUGACGACAGAGCUGAAGCCGUCUGGAUUUGAAGCUAUUUCUAGCUCUGCUGUAGCUAACCAGCUGCGCUCUGUAACCGCAGCGUGUUUUUUAUGGAAUUGAAUCCAUUUUAAAGGAUGAAUGUAAACAAUGGUUAAUGAAAGCUAGGCUGACUAAAGCAAACCCAGUAUAAGCAUUUCUGUCACGCUGUGCCGGUAACGGUAAAUGUUUCGCACAUUUACUCUGCGUUAGUUCAUGGUUUUUUUUACAACAAAAAGCUGUAGGCUUUACUUAAACGUCUGUGACUGAAAUCAGUGAGAGCUCAGAGGUAACACAACAACGUGACCCGUCUGUGUGUUUCUGUGGGUGUAAUUCAGGCUCCAAGUGGACAAACAUGAUGUGAAACGCCCAGAUUUAUCUCUUCACACGCUGACGCAGUGCUUAUGUUUUAUGUUUGUACGCUCAGGCCUGUAAGUUAUUGGAUCAUUUUGCCUCUGCACAUCACAGACUCGAGCAGUCUGGAAUAAGCUCCUCCCUUUUUAACAACAGCUUUUGUCUGAUUGGCUGCAGACUGUAUGAGUGAGGGACUCGGACUCAUGAGACCACAAUCUCCAAAUUAAACGAUAAGACCCGAGACGCCGACUGACACCAUAAGUGUUACUGACCUCCCAUUUUCUCAUAGACGUCUAUCAGAUUGCAGAGAUGUCGCCCCCUGGUGAUCGUUGGAGAGAAUGCAAGUUUAAUUCACCCUUGAGUUAAAGCUGGCGUCCACAGUGGUGUGUGUGAAACUGCAGAGCUUGUGUCCACAAACUUACGGUCCUGACCUGCCUCCUCACUAACUGCUGAAAAACGACUUUUUACAUGUACUACUUCCUGUAGUUUGUCACACACAGUAGAAACACAGUAGAAACACAGUAUUGGUGCAUCUGUGCUUGCUCUGCGACUUGGAUGCGAUCACAAGGUUCUGAGAACUCGUCCAGAAACGUCACCUGAUAUAAAUUCGGCCCGGUGAUAUCCAGCAUACCUGCUCAGUUUAAAUCAGGUGAACUUUUUUGUCGUAUCGACCUGUUUCUGGUCCACGUGUCUCCUGCGUUGCACGAGGCUCUGUUUAACGUGCUGCAGACCUUUGACCUUUGACACGCUGUCCCGGACACCAAAUACCUGAAUGCUCGGCGCUUGUUCACAGCGAGUAGUCCAAACCGCAGAGGAGCAGAUUAACGACUGGCCUCGUGCUGUGGGCGUUUAGUCCAUUGUCAGCGUCUUCUUCCAGCCACGUGAUGGCGUUUGCUUCCGUCCAGCAGGGACAUGACCUUUUACAGAGACCUGGACAUUCUAGCUCAUGAGUUAUCCAACCAAUCUUACGUCCAUCUCUGAAACUGCAUCCUGCCACUUAAAGAACAUCUCCAGACUCGAGCCAGUGCUCUCAGACUUUCAGCCUCUGCAGCUGAAACCUCUAUUCAUGCCUUUCAUCGCCUCCCACCUGGACUACUGUAACGAUGCCCGGUUCGGUCGGCCAAUCACAGCACUAGAUGAGUUCUGCAGUACGUUCAAAACUUCUCAGCCCCACCCUUAUGAGCCUCCACUGGCUCACAGUCAGUUCUGCAUCUCCUUUAAACCCCUCUCCUCGCCGACACCCCAGCCUGGACACCGCGGUGUGUCUGCGAGAACAGCCACGCUGAUCCCUCGACUGAGUUGGACCUUCUUCACUGUCUUCCUCAGAGUUUGGACCUGGAAACGGUGAUGACGUCAGUCUAAGCAGACAGGUGGACUCGCUCUCAGAACCUUUGAGUCACACCUUGUGCGACAGGUCAGGUGUGUUCGUCCAGUUGUACGUCAUACUCACACAGUGUAGAUAACCAUCAGACAGUAUUUAUACUGACUGCACAGACCUACCUGUACGCAUCACUCAUGAUCACCUGUCACUGUGUACAAAUGCAUUUGAUAAGGCCCAUAUAUAUAUAUAUAUAUAUAUA